UGUAUUUAUUAUUCUAAUCAUGCGGAAAGGUUCCUGCCAGACUAUAUGGCCGGUGGACUAGUGCGGGCCUCCCAAAAACAAACGUCAUUUUCAGAGCCUCGACUGUAAACCUCCUCCACGCUGCUGUUACCCAUGCAUACGGCACCUCGAGAUUACUGCUUCGCCCUACACAUGCCUCCGGACAAGAGGCGUUCGUAAUGCCGCCGAAACUUGUUCGCUAUAAUCCCUCAUCGCUUUCGUUUUCAACAUCUGCAUCCAGCGUCGUUUGCACUUUUCACCGGGUUUCCGCCUAUAGCCAUAACCAUUAUCAUCGCGCGCAAUGUCGUCGGUCGUUUACACAGGCCACUAAGAAACCGCUCGCCCGAGCACGCGAUAAUAUCCUCGAUGAUAUCUUCUUUUCGCGAGCGAGUGCGACUUUGUACUCUGCUACCAGGCCAAGACAUGGCGCUGGGCAAAUCCCCGAAUUGGACGGCGGCGGUUCACACGGAGACCGCAAGCCACCGGAUGAGCGAGUGCUGAAGCUUGGAAAAACCCUGCGAAAGUUAUCGCCGUUGCUCCCGACGAUUCUCAUCAACCCGCUUCCAAGUGAACUCCUCUCUCCGCAAAUCACGUUACAUCUUUUCCCCUCAACGCACCCGCAUCUACCAAAUGUCAAAGGUCGGAUUCUUUACCGUGCGGCACUGUGGACGGUGCCUGUUGCAUGGAGCACGCUUCCGCUACUCGGCAAUGUUAGGUUGCAGGUUACAAGCGAGCGGAUGGUUCGCGCAAACUCCGUUCUUGGAUGCGAGCAUGCGAACGACUGUGGCGACGAAAGGCUAGUUGUUCGGUGGAAGACGGAGCUGCGAGGUGACAGAACAAAUAAAGGCGCGCCAGGAUUGGAAUCAGCAUCGAAACCCAUGUCAGUCUCGAGCCACGUCUCCCAACCCAAGACUGGAGUGAACAAGGGCUUGAGCGCGCUGCUCGGUGGGGAUGCGCCUAUAUUCUCGCUGGGAAAGGAAGGGCAGUUUGAUGGCCUGUUUAUCUUCGCCUUUGACGAAGAGGGCCGGAUUGCAGGGCACACCAUCGAGCAUGCUGAUCAGGCGAAUGGCUGGGAUCGCACGGCAAAGUUUGUGACAUUGACAGAUUGGCUAUUAGGCAAGGCUCGGGGGACGAUGGAGCCGCCAGAGCCCUCGUUGGCUGCCCAGGCAUGUCGUGAAUAUAACAACGAUGUCUUGGACCGCAGGCAGACGUUGCGAAGGAAUACUCUCCUACGAUAUCGAAAAAGUAACCCUUGACAUACGACGAACGAGUCACUUGAAGUAUAAUUCUCUUGUAUCAUAUUGAUAUAUCUGCGGUUGGCGUUUCAUUUCAGGGAAUUCAGCUGUUUCACAGGCUUAUUCGACCCAUUUCCACUCCUUUCAUCUAUGCAAUGUCCUCGAA